CGCCCGAUCCCAAUUCCCAUAAUUUAUCACCUUCCCGCCAAAGAAGCCCAAAACCCUAAUCUUUCCAUCUCGUCUCAGCUUCACUUCCACAAUCUUCAUCAAGGCUAUUACGUGCUCAUCUGAUGUAAAAGGUGGAACUCUAUAGUGGAUGCAAGAUAGGGCAAAUUGUUAAAUCUUAGGAGUCAUUAAUGGAAGAUGAAAAGGAUGCGUUUUACGUUGUGAGGAAGGGGGACAUCGUUGGUGUGUACAAGAAUUUUAGUGAUUUCCAACCUCUGCUAUAUGGUCCCAAUGUUGCUGUGUUCAAAGGCUAUCGAUUGCCUAAGCCUGCUGAGGAAUACCUCGCCUCACAUGGGCUUAACAAUGCAAUAUAUUCUGUUGGUGCCUCUGAUGUGCAAGGUGAACUUUUUGGCCAACUUGUUCCAUGUCCUUUUCAGCAACCACCUUCUGUUAAGGAUAAGGCUGGCACUAAGAAUCCUGCUGAUAAUAGGAUAAAGAAAAAAGUUGGAUCAACUUCUUUUUCAGAAGGUCCUCAGAGAAAGCUACCUGAGAUUGAAAGCUUUAUGGAGACUCUACCGGUUUCUGCUUAUUGUUGCUCCUGUAUUCUUGAGUUUGAUGGUGCAGCAAAGGGAAACCCUGGGCCAGCUGGUGCCGGGGCUGUGUUGCGUGCAAUAGAUGGAAGUCUUGUUUACCGUCUGCGAGAAGGUCUCGGCGUUGCAACAAACAACGCUGCUGAAUACCGGGCUGUCAUUCUAGGACUGAGAUACGCCCUUGAGAGAGGAUUUAGGCAUAUCCGUGUGCAAGGAGACUCCAAGCUUGUUUGUAUGCAGGUUAAUGGUCUGUGGAAAACCAAAACCCAGAACAUGACCAGCUUGUGCAAAGUAGCCAAGGAGCUGAAGGAUAAGUUUGCAUCUUUCCAGAUUUGUCAUGUUGAAAGGGAGUUCAAUACCGAAGCUGAUGCUCAAGCAAAUCUGGGAAUACAUCUUCAGAUUGGUGAGGUUCAAGAGGAAGUUGAGAGGAGAUAGUUGAAAAUGGGGAAACAUGCAGCUCUAUUUUUGUUCAUCAGUGAGGGUUAAGGAGUAUUAAUGCAGCAGCAUCAUCAAUUAAUGUACCAUAACUUGUAGAAGCUGUUGUGUUAAUUUAACUACCAUAUGACUCCCUUGAACACUUUUGACUUUUUGUAAAAUGCACCAUUGUAAUGUAGAUCAAGGUGGGGCUAGUUUAAGAUUGGAAUUCAUGAGUGAAUGAAUUAUUUAAUCAUUAUACUUGAGUUUUUAUCACA